AUGGAUAUACUGAAAUUCAUCGUGUUGAUUUUGAUACUAGCAGGCUUUGGGUUUGCCUACUUCUGGUUUAGGAACAAAAAAAACGUAACAACAACCAAAGAGCUAACGGUUCAGGAGCGGAUUGACAGAAUAAGGACAGCGAUAAAAAAUCCUAAAACGUCGCUAUCAACAAAUCAGCAGAGUAAAAUUACGAAAUAUAAGAACACGGAGGUGAAAAUAGAGGAGGAGUAUAAAAAUUGGGACAGCAAUUCGGUGAAACUGAAAGAGAUGUGCCUUGACGGAUGCAAGUUCUUGGAGUUCCACUUGAUGAAGAAUGAGCCAGUGGGAUUGAAAAUAGCAGACGAGAUGGUCACUAAACUAUUAGGGAAGUUGGGUCCAAUCAAGGGAGAAGUUUUUGAAGUGAACCCUUGGCCAGGUGACUGGUACGAAACUACAAUCAUCCUGACCUAUUUCCUGGCUCUUUACGUCUACAUCGGGACCAAGACAGAUUUAGUAGAAGGAUGCAAAAAGCAGAUCCUAAGGAUACUGCCUAGCGUGGGCGUUAGUCUGAAAAAACCGCUCGUGGGGUUGACUCUCUUCAAAGCGACGGUUUCUAGAUUGUGCGUGACUUACUUGAUCCCGGACAAGUUCAGGCAGGACGUCACCAGCGGAAAAUUUGCAGAGGUCAAGGAAUUCAUGAAUUUGAAGCAUAUUAAAGAUUAUACAGUCCAGGACGGAUAUUAUAAUGAUGGAUCAGUGAUCCUGGAUGGAUUCGCUAGCUACGAAAGGUUGGAAAGUACGCUUGGAUUCUACGAGAGCGCAUACCGUGGUAUGGGUCUGCAAACGAACAUUAAGGACCUGGCGGUCACAAUAUUCCCAAAAUUGACUCACCCGAAAGUUCAUUGGUCCCCUCUGGGCCUGUUUCGGAACAGCAAAGAUAGAAUUGCUCGCUCGUGGUCCUGGACUUCUUCUGAUACUGAGAUCAACCUGAUACCCUUCAUAGGUCUCGGAGUCUUCAAGUGUCCGGACUUCAUGUUCUUCGUCAGGGUCCAGAGACCUUUAAUUCAUCCUAAUUACACCGCGAUUCCCGAAUUGGCAGCAGGAUGUAUUCAGAUCCGGAGGAUUUUCCGCAAGGAUAAUAAUACCUAUCCAAGAAAUUUGACGAAGGCUAAUUUAAAGGAUGAGCCAGGAGUGCUAUCCAAGGCCAACGGGAGUGUUUGUGAGUUGACAGACAAAACAGGCUUUUAUUGCUCUGACGUCAGCUCUUUCAUUGGCUGUAUAGACAAACUUAUGUUCUGGAAAAACUCCUACAAGUUUAUUGAGCUGUUUGGUGACGUUACUAUCACCGAAGCCGGUGUCAUCACUGCUAGUGGCUUCCAGGCAUGUUACAAAAUUGAUAACAAUUCAAAUGAGAUUUUUAAAUUUCGGUAUACGGACCCUCUAUUUAAACAAUGCCAUACUACACCUGAAGGUUCUCGAGACUUCUUUAAUGUUCCGAGGGGAUCCAAGGAAUUCACCUGGACCAUGGCAGACACAGUGCUUAAUUAUAAAGUUGAGAUAACUGCAACGGGUAUGAAAUUUGAGAUACCGCCAAGUAAAAAGUAUGAAGUCAAGACAAUUGAAGGCGACAACGAGCCAUAUGUCGUCACAUGUGGCUCAACGACACUGCUGGGUUCGUCUAGCAGCAGAAUUCCCAGUGAGAUUACUUACGAAACAAAAAAAUACACCCGUAAUUCUAAAACAAUGAUGUACGAAAAGUAA